AUGGCUUUGACUGAACCUGACCUUCUCCGCAAUCAGCUUCGCGACGCCAUCAUCAUCGAUGGUUCAGAUGCAGAGGCUCUCUUUGACAGCUCAGCACCCUCUGAUGUAUCCGAAACAUCGCAGCCACCGAAGAAAUGUAAAGUGCCCAACUUGGGCACAGUUUUGGUAGAACUCUUCUCUUACAAGACCGUUUGUAUGCUGAUAUUUGAGAUUGGAAAUAGCAAACCAGGGAAUCCGCAGAGUUUUCGAAGCCGAGCAUGCAAGGAUAAAAGAGCUGGAAGAAAAAGUGCGAUACUUGCGUGCGGAAAUGAUUAG